UCCAAAGAGGUGGAUCGAGGCAAGUUCAAUCGACGAUGAACAGCUGGGGAUUUAGCAUCGUGGAAGCGUGCACAAUGCGGCCAUUUUACACCGUAUAAAUCUUCUCUGCCAGUGAGAACGCCAAGAUCGAAUGCAAAAUGUCGGUCGAAGUGAGAGCGGGGCGACCAACGAUUCCAACCAUUCCACAAUCCAAGAGACCAACGAUUGUAAUUUAUCCGACAGUAACUCCGGAGAGUAUCAUUAUUCCAAUAGUAUCGUGCAUCCUCGGGUUUCCAUUGUUGGCGCUAAUGGUGAUCUGCUGUCUAAGAAGAAGGGCAAAGCUCGCGAGAGAACGAGCAAGAAGAAGAAAUUGCGAUCUGGAUCACGGGGCUCUCAGUCUCGUUCGUUUUAGCCCUGUUCAUCGUUUAGCAUCUAAAGAGGAUUUAGCUGGAAUUGAUCGGCCAACGAGAACAGUAUCGUUACGAAGCGAUCGAGGAUCUAGAGCUUUUCCAUCGCUAGAAUUAGACACGGUGGUCGAAGAACGAUCGGAUCCGGAACAGAGUACUGCAUUGGAACUCAGUAGUCCAGAUUAG